AAAAUCAUAAGGAUUGGUGUGGUGCAGCACCUCACCACUUAAUUAAGAGAUUGGAGGUUCGAUCCCUAUUUCUAAUUUUAAACCAAAAAAAAAAAAUCACUAGCUAAUAAAAAACAUUUUAAUUUUAAACUGAGAGAGAUUUGGUUGGUAAACCGAAAACAAAAGGAAGGCCAAAACACCAAAGGAGUGGGGAGGGGAAGAUGAACUUCCUCCGUAGAUUAAUAGCGUCCCCAAGCUCUCGUUCCCAAGUUUCUGAAUUUGCGAAAAGGUCCUUCAAGACUUCAACAAAUCAUACUGGGUCCAUUGUUGAAUCCGCCUCAACUUCAUUGGUCCAUGGCAUUCAUCAAUUUCAUUGCCCUGAUGUGGUAGGAAUCCUUGCAAGACUAUCGGAUUGCAUAGCAUCAAAGGAAGGAAAUAUUCUCAAUGCUGACAUUUUUGUUCCUGAUAACAAUGACGUCUUUUAUUCCAGAAGUGAGUUUCUCUUUGACCCUGCUAAAUGGCCACGAGAGCAAAUGGAUGCAGACUUCUCUAAGAUAGCUAAAAAUUUCAAUGCAAUGAAAUCUAUUGUCCGGGUACCUGAUAUUGAUCCUAAAUAUAAGAUUGCAGUUCUAGCUUCAAAGCAGGAUCACUGUCUUGUCGACUUGUUGCAUGGUUGGCAGGACGGGCGGCUUCCUAUUGACAUAACUUCUGUAAUAAGCAACCAUGAACGAGGUCCAAACACUCAUGUGAUCCGGUUUCUUGAGAGACAUGGAAUUCCAUACUAUUAUUUGCCAAUGACUAAGGAGAAUAAAAGAGAAGGAGAAAUCUUGGAAAUAGUUAAGGAUACUGAUUUUUUGGUACUUGCUAGAUACAUGCAGGUAUUAUCUGGGGACUUCUUAAAAAGCUAUAAUAAAGAUAUCAUUAAUAUUCACCAUGGCUUGUUGCCAUCAUUCAAGGGUAGUAAUCCAUCUAAGCAGGCUUUUGAUGCUGGUGUUAAGUUGAUUGGGGCGACAACUCACUUUGUUAGUGAAGAACUAGAUUCAGGUCCAAUCAUUGAGCAACUGGUUGAAAGAGUUUCUCAUAGAGAUAAUUUGCGGACUUUUAUACAAAAGUCUGAGGAUGUUGAGAAAAGGUGUCUUGCAAAAGCAAUCAAAUCAUACUGUGAGCUGCGUAUUUUCCCUCACGAGGCAAACAAGACUGUUGUUUUUAGGUCCUGAUUGAAAAGAAAGCUGUGAUAGCUGCAUCAAUAUCUUGCUAUUCUGUCCAUCAUUCAGUGAUCAUGGAUAUCAUCGUUAUCACCCAGUUAUCCAAGUAAAACUUCCACACAGAACACUCCGAGAAGUAAAGACAGAAAAGAUGACUGGUUCGUGACAAAACUACCAGAAAAUAGAAAUAGUGGAAAAAGGAAAGAGAAAUAAAGAGCUCUCAUCUGAAUUCAUGUUGUAAAACUGGAUGAUUUAAGACAUUGUCUUGAUGUCUUUUUCCCCCUUUUCAGAUGCAGCAAAUAUUUGUACAAGUUCCAAACUCUCUUCUUGAUAUCAAAAGUGCCUCAAAGCUACUUUCAAUGGUUGCUGAACUAAA